CCUCCAAGAGGGUACACUUCCUAAGCGCCAGCCGCGUAUCUCACGCCCGUAAUCGAGAAUGAAAAGGCUGUAAUUAGACGCCGUAAUUACCAUGUGCUGUCUGUCCAUCAGGACGUAGGACCGUACCUCCGGGAUCGUCGCGGGGAGUGUGGGGUGUACUCUGGGGCAUCGUCACAUCGAACGAAGUACGGAAUGCUGUGUAGCCAACGAGAUGGCUUUAUCGGGGUCGUUAAUUAAACUAAGGUUGACUAUUCAGACCACGUACCGGAUCAAUUAGCCUCAACCCCCCCUGCCGAGAGUAAUUCCUCCCGUCCGGAACGUUGCACAAUCGGGAUCAUGUUCCGAGUCGUUGCCAUUUGCGCUCGCGGAACGAACUCGUCGGCCUGGUUUGCCUAGUAGCAAUCUGUUCGCAACAACUUCCCCUAGACUGUCAAAUUACAACACUGCUUUGAGGUUGUAAACUGCCUAAGGAAUGGCGCCCUUUGGCUGUACCUGUUAUGCCCUAGCGUUCUCGCCUCGCGAUACGACUCCGUCACCUCAAAGGCGAACACAUUCUCUUCGUCUUCAAAAAAUCUAAUCCCUAGUCCGUUUCUUUCACUUUCUUUGAGAUUUUUCUAGCCUGACGUCCUCUCGCUACGUUGUAAGACAUAGUUCGCUAUGUCAUUCUUCAAGUCGUUAGUUCUAGGAGCACUAGGCUUAGCACCAGAAGUGCUGGGAGCUAAUCUUCUUGCAUCGCAUUAUACUGGCAAGAUCUUCUCGCUUUCUUUCACUGGAAGUGGCAGCAAUGCUACCUUAGUCAAUAAGUCAUUCGUGUCAGGAUGUGGAAUAUUGCCUGCUUGGCUGCACGUGGACUCGGGAGUAGUAUAUUGCGUCGAUGAGGACUGGAAUGGAAGUGGUAUGCUUGCCUCUUACUCUGUAGAGUCAGACGGUAGCUUGAAGCAAACUGGGCAAAUCGUGACUUCAGGCGCCAGCGUUCACGGCACGCCAUAUGGUGGUAAGGAUGGCAACGGCUUCAUCGCCACAGUAGAAUAUGACCCAUCAACAUUGACGAGGUACAAGCUUCCCCUCUCCGAGGCUUCAGCCGUCCUGGCGCAGUCGAAGUUCACCAUGUCCGAGCCUGGACCCAACUCGCGACAGAAUGCGCCUCACCCACAUGCUGCCCAGCUUGACCCAACCGGAAAAUAUCUUAUCGUGCCGGACUUGGGCGCGGACUUAAUCCGCAUCUUUAGCAUUGACGCUGAGACCGGCAACCUUACAGCGUGCGAGCCAGGCGUCGCUGGCGCAGGCGAUGGGCCACGCCAUGGUGCCUGGUGGGCGCCUACCAACGGUUCCACGGACGGUCAGAGGCUGUACACAGUGAAUGAGCUAGGUAACUCGGUAUCUGCCUGGACUGUUUCCUACCCUGACGGGGGAUGUCUAUCCCUAAAGAAGACCCAAACGCUGGCCACGUACGCUGAAGGUAGCGUCGCCCCUAACGGUUCCAAGGCUGCCGAAGUCCAAGUCUCCGGUAACUUCCUAUACGCAGCCAACCGAGCCGACGAGACGUUCGGUCCUCAAAACGACUCCCUAGCCACAUACAGCAUUGACCCUAGCUCUGGCGAUAUCAAGUUCGUCGAGGCCACCCCUGCGCACGCCUGGUUCCCUCGCACAUUCUCGAUCAACAAGGCCGGUAACCUCGUCGCCGUCGGUGGACAGACGAGCAGCAACGUAGCUAUCAUCGCACGUGACCCCAAGACAGGCAAACUAGGUGACCUCGUAGUCAACCUACCGAUUGCGACACCUGGUACUCCCCAGCAAGAAGAUGGGCUGAGCGUUGUUGUGUGGGUCGAUUAGAUCGAUAACAAAAGGGGAAAGGGACUCUGAAUCCUUAGGUAAAAUGAUGUUUUGGACUCAAGGGUUGCUCGAUGGUCUAAUUCUAAGGAUAUAAGACUUGGUCGGUAUUGUUUUCUUCGUGUUGUAUACACAGAAAAGGAUUAUAUAUAUUUUAAAUUUCGUGUCCUCCGUAGUAUUUAAUCAGUAAAUAUGGUGGUGGAUUAUGACAUACUAUGUGACCCUCACAACAGAUUUGUCUCCCUUGCAGAAACUAUUUGCUAUCUUAGACCUGAUAUAUAAUAUCAACUAGAGUCGAAGCCCACCCCUAGCACUUGUUCGGCAUUUCAUUACACUGAACCUGUCCUCUCAUAUGAGCCUCAGCGAAAUGCAUAAAGACAUACAGGGCUUAAUCCUCAACCGAAUAAUCAUUUCCACAUAAAAA